ACAAGUGCUACUCAACUUCCUCAUUUCUGUUGAAGAAGCUGCUGUUGAGGUCAGAGUGAAGGAACUCAAGUGCAACAGCAGCCAAGGACUAUUCCUCUGUCCCGAGAAGGGAGAGCAUCCCCUGGACUCAGGAUUGUCUGUGCCUUUAUUUGCUCACAGUCAUGGGACAGCUGUUCUCUUCGCAGAAUGAUGAACGCAAUGAAGAUUUGGCCUCCAGCUUUACCCAAUACUUCAAGAAGUUUAAGACAGUAGACACAAUCAUUCCUCAGGAACUCCUGGCUUCAAUUGGGUCAAGCCUGAGAAGAGGAAAUAUUCAGGGGGCAAACUCUUCCAUUGAAGAUGCAUUAAAAGAAAUUGACAGUACCCCACUCAAUGUUGCUGUGACCGGAGAGACUGGAGCAGGGAAAUCCAGCUUCAUCAAUGUCCUGAGAGGGGUUGGGCAUGAAGAGGAAGGUGCAGCUGAAACUGGAGUGGUGGAAACGACCAUGGAGAGACGUCCAUACAAACACCACAAUAUUCCCAAUGUGGUGAUUUGGGACCUGCCUGGUAUUGGAAGCACAAAUUUCCCACCCAAAGACUAUCUGGAGAAAAUGAAAUUCAAUGAGUAUGACUUCUUCAUCAUUGUUUCUGCCACACGCUUUAAGAAAAACGAUAUAGACCUCGCCAAAGCAGUCAGCCUGAUGAAGAAGGAUUUCUACUUCGUGAGAACCAAGGUGGACUCUGACUUAAAAAAUGAAAAGGAAUUCAAACCACGAACCUUUGACAGAGAGAAAGUCCUGCAGCAGAUCCGCAACAACUGUGUGAAGACCUUUCAGGAGAGUAACAUUGAAGAACCACCAAUCUUCUUGAUCUCUAACAAACAUUUAUCUGACUAUGAUUUCCCAAUCCUGAUGGAAAAGUUGAUGAAUGCUCUCCCUGUACACAAACGACACAAUUUUAUGCUUUCCUUGCCUAAUAUUACAAGUGCAGCCAUUGAAAGGAAGCGGCAGUUUCUGAAGCAGAGGAUUUGGCUCGAAGCCUUUGGGACUGACCUACUGAGUAUCAUCCCUUCACUGACCCUCUUCAUGGAAAGUGAUGUGGAGACUCUUCAGAAAAGCAUGAAAUACUAUCGAACAGUGUUUGGAGUAGAUGAUGCAUCCUUGGAGAGUCUGGCUAAGGAUUGGCAAGUGUCACUGAAUCAAAUCAAGGAAAAGAUGAAAUCUCCUAAGGUGUUUGAAAAUACAAAGAAAGAUACAAUACAAGAAAGGCUUUCAAGUCUUUAUGAGGAGUUCUGUUUGGCUAAUGGACAUUUAGUUACAAAGAAGGUUUAUGUUAAAGAAUUGUUUUGCCUAAAAUUACAUUUCCUUGACAUGGUGACAGAUGAUGCUAAUGCUCUUCUCAGAGAGAUAUGUUUUAGAAACAACUUGAUUUCUGAAUAGUCUGAAAUCCUGUAGCUGCCAAAUUUCAGAAUCAAUGACAGGGAAAAUAAAACAAGGACAUUGCAAAAUAAUAUACUGGGUUUAUUCAGGCCAUAUAGAGUUUAUCCAUACUUAGUGGUCAUAUAUCCACUUUAGCUAUAAGGAGGCAAUCAGAUAAGUGUAAAAAGGCAGAGAGCAAAAUUCUAUCUUCUCAUUUUGAAUAAAACCUCAGAUCAAUUAUUUGCAAUUUUAUUUUAGUUACUUUAAUAUAAAUUAUCAUCCACUUUUAGGUUUAACAUUGUAAUGGUUAGUGUUGUAGACAGAAUCUAGAAUCGCAUAGGAGAUGAACCUCUAGGCUUGCAUUCAGGAAAUUAUUCUGUUUAUGUUAGUUGUGUUGAGAAGCCCUGCCCACUAUGGGUGGUAUCAAUAUCAAGAUGGUGAUCCCUGAUUGUGUUUGUGGAAAGAAAGGUUAAGUAGCUGCAUAUUUGCAUUCAUCCAUUAUGCUCUACUUUUGCACUGUGGGUGGAGUGGCACUAGCUGCCACCAGCUACUUCUGUGACCUUGGGUAACCAUGGCCACUAUAACCUUGAAUUUGAUACUUGUGUCUUCUCUUGAUAGCCAUACCCAAGGAGAAACCAUACCUGGACUGGAGAGAUGGUUCAGUAGAUAAAGCACUUGCCUUGCAAAUCUGAAGACCUGAGUUCAGCUCCCCAGAGGCCACAUAAAGCCAGCUUAGUAUCUAUAAUCCACCCACUCCUAUGGUGAGAUAGGAGGCAGACACAGAGAAUCCUGGAAUCUCUGGGGCCAGCUAACCUGCCAUAUGCAGCAGUGAAUAAUAGACCCUGACACAAGCAAGUGGAAGGUAAAGACCAACACCCAAGAUUGUACUCUGACCACUACAUACAUGCCAUCUCAUAUUCAUGACUGCAAUCACACAUUCAAAUGUACAUGCAAAAGUUUUUUUCACUAUAAAAAUGAAGGAAGGGUUGGGCAGUGGCUCAGUGGUAUAAUGUUUGCCUCACAUGCCUGAGACCUCAGGCUCAAUCCCAAGAACUCAAUAAAAAGGGUAUGGAGUGGGGCUGGAAAGAUGGAUCAGAGGUUAAGAACACCAGGUACACUUACAGAGGACCUGGUUUUGAUUCCCACAUAGUAGCACCUAGUAGCUUAUAACUCCUGUUCCAGGGAAUCUGAUAUCUUCUCCUGAACUCCACAGGGAAAAGACAGGCAUGUGGUGAACAAGUUUACAUGUAAGGCAAACAUUCAAAAUAGUUAUGCUUAGAUAAAGAGAAAGACAAUAACCAUAGGGAUCACAGUAGCCUUAAUAACAACACAAAUUCCUAAAAAUCGUAUUUAUUCAGAAUCCUUGAGAAAAUACUAAAGAAGUUCUCUAUUUCUGUGACAGAAAAAGUGUAGAUGAUGAGAUUUCUCUACUUCCUAUUGCUGGGUUAUUGAAUGUUGUGAUUGCUAAAUGACUGAUUAACUCCAUAUUAAUACAAAAAGCCAUUUAAUAAUUUCUUUCUGAAAAAAACAUUUGUUUGUGCUUUACAUUUCCAAGAAUCCAUAAUAGUUUCACCAUGACAGUCCUUAAUAUUACAAUUAAUGGUUGAUUAUCUCAUUGUCCAUAUCCUGGCCUAUGUUUUCUCUUCCUUUAAAUAAAAUACAAAUAAAUGGUUACAUGUGUUGGUAAGACUCAAA